AUAGUAUUGUUUUUUUCGCGAAUUCAAUUGCAGUUUUUUUCGCAACCUUUUAAAUUAAAAGCAAUAAUCGAAAGGGCCAAUUAAUAGUGACCGCAGCUCCGGGAAAACGGGCAACAAAAUCAUGACCGAAAAGUACGACGGCAAUGGUGAUUUUUCCGCCUUCAACGACGAUGACAAUGAGUUUGGUGGUAAGCCUCGGAAGUCUGGUGGUUCUAUUGGAGGCCCCGGUGGCACCCACAAUGGCGAAAGUUCCGCCCACGAUCACGGUCAUCAUGGAGGAGAUCCCGGUGGCAGUGUUCAGAUAAACGAAAAAGCCAAUGAGUACAUACGCGAUUGCAUGGCCGAACGGAAUCGCAUGGACAGGAAGUUUCCCAUUGCCGAAAAACUUUUGGAGGGCGAAAUAGAAAAAGUUCAGACCACAGGACGAAUCCCUUCCCGAGAGCAAAAAUAUGCAGAUAUCUACCGAGAAAAACCACUGCGAAUCUCACAACGCGUUCUAGUUCCAAUAAGAGAACAUCCUAAGUUCAACUUCGUCGGCAAACUGCUGGGACCCAAGGGAAACUCCCUUCGCCGUCUGCAGGAGGAGACGCUCUGCAAGAUGACCGUCCUCGGGCGCAACUCGAUGCGCGAUCGCGUCAAAGAGGAGGAACUGCGCAGCUCGAAGGAUCCCAAAUAUGCUCACCUUAACAGCGACCUGCACGUGGAAAUAUCCACCAUAGCGCCGCCCGCCGAAGCCUAUGCCAGGAUUGCUUAUGCCAUGGCCGAGCUGAGAAAGUACCUCAUUCCAGACAGCAACGACAUCAUCCGGCAGGAGCAGCUGCGCGAGUUGAUGGACAGCACUAGCUUGAAUGACAACGACAAUGCCAAGAGUGGCUAUAAGAAGGCGUCCCAUAUGCAGGGCGCUAACAAUGUCAUGGGUGGCGGCUCUAUUAAUCCGAUCGGAGGGGUCAAGAACACUCCUCAUCACAGUUAUAGGGGAUCGCAGCAGUCCUCGUUCAGCAAAAAUGUUCUUGCCCCUAAGCAAAAAGUGAUGUCCAUUUUGGAAAAGGCCAGGACUGCCAUGGAUGAAACGUACGGUCGCGGGUAUGACGACGGCAUUGGAUAUGAUCCUCACCAGCCGUAUGAUAGCUACUCCUACGGCAAUCAUGGCCAUGGACCUCCGGCUAACAUCCUGGGCGGAGUGGGCGGUAUUAGCGGUGGCGGAGGGCGUAGCGGACAUUACGAAAGCUCGGACUACGAGCCGGAUUAUGGAAGACGGGAGUACUACCAGCAUUCACCUGGAUACUCAGCUGGAGGCGGCGGAGGCGGAGGCCUGGGCACCGGCAGCGGAUCGCAGUCGAAUGCUAUCGGCGGCUCUGGGCUCAGUUCAAAUCACAAUCGCAGCCAUGUUAACAGGUGAAAUUUGCUGGAUCCCAGCAGUGCCAGCGGAGGUCGAGCCACCAACCCAGCGGCAACCACACAAAAUCUGACCAUGAAAUCCCAACCCAAUAGCAGCAACAGUUUUUUGCCCAAUCACGGAGCAAGUGAGUGCCACAACGGCAAGAACAUAAACACCAACUACUACUACAAUUCCAACGGCAGUUCCAAGCUAAAUCAGCAACAACUUCAGCAGUCGCAACCAAAUCUCCCACCGCAGAUAUCAGCCCACAACAGCAAUAACAACCGCAACAGCAGUACCAAUAACACCAGUAUGAACAAUAAUUGCAAUAGCAACUUUCACCCAAUCGGUGACAAAAACUCCAACGACGUUUCAUUUUUAUCCUCCUAUCGACAUGGCCCAAUGGAUGGUCAAAAGAGUGCCAACAGCAACAAUAUCAACAAUCACACAUUAGGCAGUAAAAACCACAACAACACCACCACCACCACAACAACCGCUUCAGUGCCCAAUAUGCUAUUAGUAAGACCUGCUAAUCCUUCGCUACAUAUUGGCACAUUUCCGUUUUUGCCUGUGCAGUUUUUCUGAAUCCAACAGAUAUAACAACUUCAACCAGAACAAGCUAAUCGAAAACAACCACAUCAACAUCACAGAAACUUUGUACACUCGAGUUCAUAAGAUUAGAGGAAGGAGUAGGAGGAGUAUUUACAAGAAGGACAAAAUGAACUUUACUAUAUAUACCACAUACAAAACAUAUACAUAACAAAUAUAUUUAUACAUAUAUUUUUGCGUGCAAGGAUUGACGUUUAAUGAAGUCGAGGCUGGAUCAACAAAACGAAA